AGUUGGUUGCAGCCAUGCAAAAGUAACCACUUUGCUCCAUUCUUGCGAUCUCAUUCUUGACUGCUUGUCCCAACAUCACUCGCCAUGUCGACACUGGCUCAUACUGUCACCAUCAAUAUUCCCUUUCCCGACACUCGACUAGCUACAAUAGCGCAACAAGUGCUCUCAGUCGACAAAGAACUGAAAGCAGCUGAAUGUCAAAAGGAGAUGAAUGUGGAAGGAACGUCUCUGGUUGUCACCAUACGAGGAGUAUCUGUCCGGGUUGUGCGAACGGCGGUAUCGAGCUUUUUGGAUUUUGCGGGACUGGUGGUGAAUACAAUGGAGGCUUUCGGGGAGGACGAACCGAGAUAGUUGACAUCUGCUCGUUCCUUGUACAUUAUGUCAAAUAUGUAUAUAGACGGGGUGCUCUCCACGUUCAAAAGAUAGAAAUCCAAAAAGUAGAUGGGAAUGUUUUUAAUUCAAAAAGUAUCAGCAAGCAUCCUAAAAUGCAUUGCUGCUUAUUUGCU